AUGACCGAGUCAGUGCUAUCGGUGACGUUGUUCCUGCUGCCCUGUGCCGUUAUCUUGGAGCGUUGCAUUGCGGACUGGUCGCUGCUCGCACUACAUCCGGCGUUAAACUCAUUGGCCACGCUCGUGUGUUUACCGAGUGCCUUGCAAGCCAUGUUGCAACGGAAAAACGAGACGCACUCAGCGACACGCGUCAGGCUCACUCAACUGCAUCUACUGUUCAAUGUAUUGGCUGGAGCAUUGGUAGCUGCUGCAGGCGUCGCAGUGUUCAUUGCUAAACGAAUGGAGAACGGCAGCCCGCACUUAUCGACACCUCAUUCGUGGGCAGCUCUCGUGACGGGCAUGUUCUUCGGACUAAACGUGUUCCAGGGGCUACUGUUGACCUUCGAAGGGUCGCGACCCAACUGGCAAUGGAAGGACGAGACCCACGCCAUCACAGGCGUACUGAUCUACAUUGGCAGUGUUGUCACAAUGCUCUACGGGUUGCAAACGAGCUCGUGGGGGACAACGACCUUUGGUCCAGGGAGACAGUUCCAGCUCACAGUGCUCAUUGUGGCAGCACAUGUCAACUUGCUGAAGAAGUUGCUCGUGCUGCAGCGCGGAGAUGGUCAGUCAGUUGUCGCCAAGAAAGUGGCACCCGUCGCUUGA